UGAGAUUGAUCUCAAUUCUAUAGACACAUAGGAAUGGAACGAAUGACUAUACAAAAUAGACUUUAUUUUUGUCUUUCCCUCUGUUUCGUCGUCAGCUAUCACAUAUCAUAUGCGCAAUACCAGUGUGAGGCUGGAGUAGAAUAUGGUGGUUCCUGCUACCAUUAUAAUUCUCCGCCUGCCUCUUGGGCAGAUGCUGAAAUUGCAUGCAAUGGCUUCACUGGUGGACACCUUGCCGCAGUACAUUCACAAGACAUAUUUGACUUUAUCCAAAACAUAAUAAGUCCCCCGAGGAAAACCUGGAUUGGUCUAAAGAAGAAAAGUAAUGUCAACGCAUGGGUGACUGGUGAGAAUAGUGUAUACAAUAAUUGGGAGAGUGGAGAACCAGAUAGAAGUGGGGAUUGUAUUCGUAGCAGAGACAAUGAAUUCGAAUGGGGAGACUCGAGCUGUUCUUCUACUUAUGAUUACAUCUGUGAAAAAGAAGCUGUUGGAGGGAGUUGCCCUUACAAUUGGCACAGCUAUCAAUCAAGCUGCUACAUCACAAGUGAUACUUUGGGGCGGUCAGACAAAAGCUGGGAGAAUGCAAGACUUGACUGUGCUAAUUAUGGCGCCCAUUUAGUAACUAUAACAUCAGCAGGAGAAAACUCAGUUGUAGCAAAUUUGCGAUCAUCCAGUCACUGGUAUGGUAUGAAAGCUGGUUUGUAUUUCUGGAAUGGCAACGGCACAUACGCCGACUCAUAUGCCGAGUGGCUCAACUGGGAUAGUACUCCAUCCACGAACUUAGCCGAGUCCUCAAGCUGUGUGUUUUCAGAUCCCCCAAGACAGUUUCGUUGGAGAACUGAUUCGUGUACAAAAUCAUAUGAAUUCCUUUGUGAAUCACAACUGGUUGACAUCGAUGAAUGCGCACAAGGAACACAUAACUGUCACCAAGAUGCCAACUGCACAAACACAGACGGGAGCUUUGGCUGCAACUGCAAUCCAGGAUAUUCUGGAGACGGCGUGACCUGUGCGGAUGACGAUGAAUGUACCCUGAACACGCAUAAUUGUGACAUUAACGCUGUUUGUAACAACGCCGUGGGAUCAUUCUUGUGUGCUUGCGACUCUGGUUACCUUGGAAAUGGAACACACUGCGAAGUGAUGAUCCCAACUCGCAAAAGGGGACUGGAUUCCCAGGUCUACAAAGGUCAGAGGCUGACAAAUCAUAUUCUUGAUAUGGCAAGGUCAAGGUCGAGAAUUGACUGUGCACGUCUUUGUAACACGAAACGCGACUGCGUUGCUUUCAAUUUCAAGAAGAAAGGACUGGAUAACAAUUGCCAACUGUUGUCUCGGAAAAUGGAUGAUUCGCCGCCAACUGAUUUGAUCAUUGAUUCAGACUGGAAUUAUUACGAAGUUCAAAUGCGUGUUUGGGAAUAGAUUUAGUGAAAUUGGUAAUCAAUGAUAUAGAUUAAUCUUCAACAUACAACCAAAUUUGAAAAUUAGCUCAUUUAUGGAACCAAAAUAGUGAACAUUAUUUUGCUCCUGUUCAGACCAUAUAAACAUGUACAACCUUAGUGUGUAAAACACUUACUUUCUCAAACUCAGUUUCUCAUAUAUGGUUAUGCCCCAAGUUCAGGUUCUCUAGGAACAUAUUUGGAUGUCUAUAGGAACUCAUUUGUUUGAUAUAUCGAUGUGAAUAGGUUACAUUAUUUUUGCAUGAUUUUGACGACACGUGUCCAUGA